AAAAUGGAGGGAGAAAAAAAAAGCAGUAAGGUGAAGAGAAAGAAGGGGUCUGUACUGUCCAUUUUCAUGCAAUCAGACGGUGUGGAUAUGUUGUUGAUGGGUUUGGGAUUCAUCGGAGCCGUUGGCGAAGGAUUCUCUCCACCUUUAGUGCUGUUUGUGACGGGUAAAGUGAUGAACAGUUUUGGCACUGCACCAACGCAUAACAUAGAGUCGUUCACCCAUGAGAUUAAGAAGAAUUCAGUGCUUAUGUUGUACAUAGCUUGUGGAAGAUUGCUUGCUGGUUUCCUAGAGGGAUAUUGUUGGACAAGAACAGGUGAAAGGCAAGCCACAAGGAUGAGAGCUAAAUAUUUGAAAGCAGUGUUAAGGCAAGAUGUUGAAUACUUUGAUUUGCGUGUCACCAGCACCGCAGAAGUCAUCACAAGCGUCUCUAAUGAUAGUUUUGUCAUUCAAGAUGUUAUCAGUGAAAAACUCCCAAACUUUUUGGUCAAUGCUGCUACAUUUAUUGGAGGCUAUGUGAUAGGAUUCUUGUUGCUAUGGAGGCUAACCAUUGUUAUAUUUCCCUCCGUUCUGCUUCUGGUAAUUCCUGGAAUGAUUUGUGGAAGGGCUGUGAUGAAUUUAGCAAGGAAGAUGGCAGAUGAGUACAACAAGGCUGGAACAAUUGCGGAACAGGCAAUCUCUUCUAUAAGAACUGUUUAUUCAUUUGUUGGUGAAACCAAAACCAUCAACGAAUUCUCUUCGGCCCUGGAAGGCUUAGUCAAAUUGGGGGUAAAACAAGGCUUGGCUACAGGAUGGGCUGUUGGAAGCAACAGCAUCGUUUAUGCUAUUUGGUCUUUCGUAGCAUAUUAUGGUACUAGAAUGGUUAUGUACCAUGGUGCUCAAGGAGGAACCGUGUUUGUCGUCGCUACCACCAUCACCACUGGUGGCCAGGUGUUGGGAAAUGGUUUAUCUAACUUGAAGUCCAUAGCAGAAGCAAUGGCAACAGCCGAGCGAAUGAUGGAGGUGAUGAAAAGAGUACCCAAGAUUGAUUCAGAUAAUAUGGAAGGCCAAAUCCUGGAGAAUGUUUUAGGAGAAGUUGAGUUUAGGCAUGUGGAAUUUGAAUACCCAUCAAGGCCUGAAAGCAUAAUAUUGAAAGAUUUUAGCAUAAAAAUGCCAGCAGGAAAGACAAUGGCCUUAGUGGGAGGUAGUGGCUCAGGGAAAUCCACAGUAAUUUCACUAUUACAAAGGUUUUAUGACCCACUUGGAGGUGAAAUUCUUCUUGAUGGAGUUGCUAUUGAUAAAUUACAACUCAAGUGGCUAAGGUCACUAAUGGGUUUGGUGAGCCAAGAGCCUGUACUAUUUGCAACAACAAUUAAAGAGAACAUACUUUUUGGCAAAGAAGAUGCCGCAAUGGAAGAGAUUAUUGAAGCAGCCAAAGCUUCCAAUGCUCAUAAUUUCAUCUGCCAGUUGCCUCAGCAGUAUGAUACUCAGGUGGGAGAGAGAGGAGUUCAAUUGUCAGGUGGGCAAAAACAAAGAAUUGCCAUUGCACGAGCGAUAAUCAAAGCACCCAGAAUCCUUCUCUUAGACGAGGCAACAAGCGCACUCGACUCGAAAUCUGAGCGAGUUGUUCAAGAAGCCCUUGACAACGCCGCUAUUGGACGCACCACUAUCAUCAUUGCUCAUCGUCUCUCCACCAUCCGCUUCGCCGACGUGAUUGCUGUCAUCCAAAAUGGCCAUGUCAUGGAAACAGGUUCCCAUGAUGAGCUUAUGCAAGACGAAAAUGGUCUUUAUACUUCACUUGUUCGUCUUCAACAAACUGAAAAAGAACAAAAAACAACCCCAGACGAGAUGAUGUUGACAAAUCUCACUUCCUCAACCAUGAAUGACUCAUCUUUCAGAUCAAGUUUGGAAGUAAAGUCUAGAAGACUUGAUGAUGAUGAUCAAAGAGAGAGAAACGUAAAAGAUUACAAGGUCAAGUUGCCUUCGCCAUCUUUUACGAGAUUGUUAGCUUUGAAUCUACCUGAGUGGAAGCAAGCAAGCUUUGGGUGUUUAAGCGCAAUCUUUUCUGGUGCUGUGCAACCUGUUUUUGCCUUUAUCAGAGCGUCUACGGUCGAUGUUUUCUUCUUGAAAGAUCAUGAUAAGAUGAAAGAGAAGACGAAGAUUUAUGCUUUGUGUAUGAUUGGGUUAGGAGUGUUCUCUUUGUUGGUUAAUUUAAGCCAAUCUUACAAUUUUUCUUACAUGGGGGAGCACUUAACCAAGAGGAUCAGAGAGAGAGUGUUUUCAAAGAUACUCACUUUUGAAGUUGGAUGGUUUGAUCAGGAAGACAACUCUAGUGGUGCUACUUUCUCCCGACUAGCUAAAGAUGCAAAUGUGGGGAGAUCUUUGGUGGGUGAUCGUAUGUCUCUUAUUGUACAAACUGUAUCGGCUGUAGCCAUAGCUUUCACUAUGGGUUUGGUCAUUGCAUGGAGGUUUGCUUUGGUGAUGAUGGCAGUCCAGCCACUCAUGAUAGUAUGCUUUUAUUCUAGGAAAGUUCUACUUAAAAAUAUGUCAAAGAAGGCUAAAAAAGCACAAGAUGAGAGCAGCAAGCUGGCUGCGGAAGCUGUCUCCAACUUGAGAACCAUCACGGCCUUCUCAUCCCAAGAUAGAAUUCUGAAGAGGCUUGAAAAGGCCCAAGAAGGGCCACGAAGAGAGAAUGUUCGACAAUCAUGGUAUGCAGGUAUAGGCCUCGCCUUCUCCCAGAGCCUGUCAUCUUGCACCUGGGCUUGGUAUUUCUGGUACGGUGGCAAGCUCAUGAGAGAGGGCUACAUCACUUCCAGGGCCUUUUUGCAGACCACCUUAAUCCUUGUGAGCACAGGAAUUCUCAUUGCUACUGCUGGUAGUACCACCACAGAUCUUGCAAAAGGCUCAGAUGCUAUAAGAUCAAUCUUUGCUGUAUUAGAUCGGCAUACAAGAAUUAACCCUGAAGAUUCUGAAGGCUACCAACCUGAAAAAAUGACAGGCCAUAUAGAAUUCCAAGAUGUAUGUUUUGCAUACCCUGCUAGACCUGAUGUGAUGAUUUUCAAAGGCUUUUCUAUCAACAUUGAAGCUGGAAAAUCAAUUGCAUUAGUCGGACAAAGUGGAUCAGGAAAAUCAACGAUUAUCAGUUUAAUCGAACGGUUUUAUGAUCCUCUUAGAGGUAUAGUAAAAAUUGAUGGUCGAGAUAUUAGAUCGUACAAUCUUAAAUCAUUGAGAAGACACAUUGCACUUGUUAGUCAAGAGCCUACAUUAUUUGCUGGUACUAUUAGAGAAAACAUUAUCUAUGGUGCAGCUGACAACAUAGAUGAAUUUGAGAUAACUGAGGCAGCUAAGGCCGCCAAUGCUCAUGAUUUCAUAGCUGGAUUGAAUGACGGAUAUGACACAUGGUGUGGGGAAAGAGGAGUACAAUUAUCAGGAGGUCAAAAGCAGCGUAUUGCAUUAGCUCGAGCAAUAUUGAAAAAUGCUACAGUAUUAUUAUUAGAUGAAGCAACUAGCGCGCUUGACAGUCAAUCUGAGAAACUAGUACAAGAUGCACUUGAGCAGAUGAUGAUUGGAAGAACUAGUGUUGUGGUAGCACAUAGAUUAAGUACCAUACAAACUUGUGAUCUCAUCGUUGUAUUGGAUAAAGGGCAUGUCGUGGAGAAAGGGAACCACCAUUCUUUGUUGGCCAAAGGACGCAUGGGAGCUUACUACUCAUUAGUUAGCCUGCAAAGGACACCAAAUAGUAACACUCACUCAACAAUCAAUUAG